CCGCGGCCAGACGAGCAGGUUGACCUGCAGCCCGGGCGCCCGGUUCAGCGACGCCCCGGCCGGCGCCGGCGCCUGCCCGGCCCUCAAGGAGGCGGGGGAGCAGCGGAGGAGGCGGUGCCACCGCGGAGCCCGCGCCUCGCCCGCACCUCACCACCCCGCCCGCAGUCCCGGCUGGGCUGGGCGGCGUCUGCGGAGGCCCCUCGGCCAGGCCCAGUCGGCCCGAGCCGCGCGGAGACCGGAUAGCGGCAGCGCCGAGAGAAGGUGGCAGCGGCCGGGAGACCCGAGCCGCUCCAGCGACCCGCCAUGGAGACCCGCUACAACCUGAAGAGCCCGGCUGUUAAACGUUUAAUGAAAGAAGCAGCAGAAUUGAAAGAUCCAACAGAUCAUUACCAUGCGCAGCCUUUGGAGGAUAACCUUUUUGAGUGGCACUUCACAGUUAGAGGGCCCCCAGAUUCUGAUUUUGAUGGAGGAGUUUAUCAUGGACGAAUAGUACUGCCACCAGAGUAUCCAAUGAAACCACCAAGCAUUAUUCUCCUAACGGCUAAUGGACGCUUUGAAGUGGGCAAGAAAAUCUGUUUGAGCAUCUCAGGACAUCAUCCGGAAACUUGGCAGCCCUCAUGGAGUAUAAGAACAGCAUUACUAGCCAUCAUUGGGUUUAUGCCAACAAAAGGAGAGGGAGCCAUAGGUUCUCUCGAUUACACACCUGAGGAAAGAAGAGCACUUGCCAAAAAGUCACAAGAUUUCUGCUGUGAAGGAUGUGGCUCUGCCAUGAAGGAUGUCCUCUUGCCUUUAAAAUCUGGAAGUGAUUCAAGCCAGGCAGACCAAGAAGCCAAGGAACUGGCUAGACAAAUCAGUUUUAAGGCAGAAGUCAAUUCAUCUGGAAAGACUAUUGCUGAGUCAGACUUAAAUCACUCUUUUUCACUAAAUGAUAUACAAGAUGAUGUUCCUACAACAUUCCAGGGUGCUACAGCCAGCACAUCGUAUGGAGUCCAGAAUCCAUCUGCAGCAUCCUUUCAACAACCUACCCAACCUGCAGCUAAGAAUACCUCCAUGAGCCCUCGACAGCGCCGGGCCCAGCAGCAGAGUCAAAGAAGGUCGUCCACUUCACCAGAUAUAAUCCAGGGCCAGCAGCCAAGAGAUAACCACACUGAUCACGGUGGAUCAGCUGUACUGAUUGUCAUUCUGACUUUGGCAUUGGCAGCUCUUAUAUUCCGACGAAUAUAUCUGGCCAAUGAGUACAUAUUUGACUUUGAGUUAUAAUAUUGUUUUGCAACUUAAGAGCUGUGACUCAACUGCUUCAUUAAACAUUCUGCAUUGGGUAUAAUCUAAGAAUUGUUUACAAAAAGAUUAUUUUGUAUUUAUCCUCCAUUCCUUUUUUGAUCCUUAUAAAUUCAAUAUAAAUAUAGCUAGACAUUUAGACUAUAUGCAGCAGUGUGUCCUGCUUAAUGUAAAGGACUAGAAGUCAAAGUAUCUUGUCUAUUUGAUCUGCUUCACAGGGAAAUAACUUAUUGUUGUUUCUAAAGCCUCAGCUUCUUUUUCUGUAAAUUUGCAAUAUUUUUCUGUUUAGUUCUUUGAAUUUUUCAGAUUAAUGAUGGUGUUUUAAGUUCCCCCAAGUAUUACCAGUUACUCAAUAUCAUUUAUUGAGUACUAUUUCUACCUAGGUGGAAUGAUCUAGGGAUAGUAGAGUUGAAAAGGGAAAACAAGACUCAAGUAGCCUCCUUAAAAUGUCAUUCAUACUGGACUGUCCACUCUGUAACUGUUCUAAAAUAACUUAUUUCAGUCAAAUGUUUAUGAAAAAAUGAGAUUACAUCUUUGUUAUCAGAUGUUACUUGAAGAGGCAAUACUUUGUAACCACUUUGAUAUGUUGUUAUCAUCCUUCUUUCUCCAAUAGACACACAGAUUUUAAAAGAAAGAAAACAGUCCUCCAUAGAUCUUUGUCUUAAGGAAGAAAGGGUCCAAGCCAGAAAAUCGCUUGAUUUUCUUCCAAAAAUUAAGUGGGAGGAUCUUAAGAUUUGAAUGUUUGCUCUGCUUUGAAUUGUAUAUAUUUUGAAAUGUAUUAUAUACCUAGCUUUAUAAUCAUUAUAAAAUUUAAUUACUCCAGGAAUAUGCAUAAUGUUUAAAUAUUUCAUGCACCAUUUUAAUAGAAAACCUCAGGGCCCAAGUAAUAGUGAUAAAAGUUAGGAAAACCUUUACUUAGAAUUGUCCACCUAAUCAAAACCCAAGAAAGAUUUUCGGUGAAAAAAGUCAGUAUAGUACUGAGCGCUAGUUAGUUCCACAGAUACUGGUAGAUAAGUUCAUCAUCACAAUGCCAGUGAGACCAUAAACUCACAGAAAAUAUUCCCGUCAGCAUGUUCAGUUAGCAGCAUCGAGGGCACUCUUGGAGCAUGGUUAAUGAAGUUUUAAUUUUUAAAUAUAGUUAGUCCCUCAGCCUUCAAACACGUUGUGCUCUAAAAGUGUGUUUAUGAUUUUUCUUUUUUGUACAACUCAAUAUAGAUGAUAUUUAGGUUUUAGACCAGUCCAUGAAAGUUAGCCCAUAUGUAUUUUGGAUAGUUUUGGGAAGGAUAUUCAUAAAGUCCUUAUGUGGUUUUAACUAACUUGAAAUUAUGGGCAAGAACAAAGCAAUUCAUAAAAUCAUUUUAAGGGACUGGGGCUGUAGCUCGGUGGUAGAGCGCUUGCCUAGCAUGUAUGAGGUACUGGGUUUGAUCCUCAGCACCACAUAUAAAUUAAUAAAUAAAAGUAAUGUGUCCAUCUAUAACUAAAAAAAUAUUUUUUAAAAAUCAUUUUAAAAGCAAAUUUAAUUUUUACUCCUAUUACAGGACUUUGGAUCUUCUAACCAUUAAACAUAAUUUCUAUGUUUAUUUGAUGGCCAAUUUUCCAUUAAGUCUGCAUCUAAAAUAAAAACAUAUUGCAUACUAUUAUAUAAUAUAGAGUUGUCUUAAACUUUAAUAAAUUAGCAUUUUAAAGUUGUUCAGGUUUUUUUCUGUUAUAUUUAGCUGAAGUUGGUAGUUUGAAAAGUCCAAGGACUUAGGAAGAACUCUUGUGAGGAGAAUUAUAGGUUACAUUUUAUAACUUUAUUGCCAUGAGAAAAUACAUCCUGAAGUCUUGGUUUAUAACCCAAGAUAUUAGAAAUAUUGGGUGAGUUGUGUCUCCAAGCAAGAAAUCACUGACCCAACUGGGAAGACCAGGUAAUGGUAUCACCUAAGAAAGAAAUCCCAUACCCUCAACCUAUGCUGAGAUUAAUCAUGUGCUAGGAACAAUCUUCCUUUUAUUUCCUCUCAGUCAAACUUGAACCAGCCUCUGGGUCUAUGUGAUCUUAUCUGUUUUCACAGGCUGUACCUGUGCUUUACAAUUAAGCAUUGUGCAGAUCCUUCUUUAAUCUGAUGUGCAUCUCUUCCUUCAGCCCUCAAGGAACUGGAUACCUGCUUGAUUGUAUCAGGAUCUUUUAGCACCUGACACAUUCAUUUAGAAGUGGCAUAUUUUUCUGCUUUGACUUCAUAUAUGCUUCCUAAAAAUCCUGAAAUUGUCAAUCUGAUCCCCUUUGUGGGGUUAAUGAGCCACACUAAAUUGAUCUUUGAGGCCAUUUUUAUUGAAAUCCCACUGAAGGGCCUCUUAAGGAAGCUUGUUAUUUUAAGUCCUACUUUAACCCCUUAAUUCAAACAUAAGGCCAAUACUGGAUCUAUAAUCUGGUAGGUAAAGAUGUAGGACUCCUUAUUCUCCCAGUUCUCAGAUUUAGGUAACUCGUGGCUUUUUCAUUGACCAACAUAGCAUCCGACUACUUAUUAAGGUAGUUAAAAUAGCAUGCUUGAUAAUAAUCUGUCUGUUUCACCUGUAACUGUUUAAGCCAAUGAAUUUUCAAAUUUUAUGUAAUGGGGACUUUUAUGUAGCACUUUAUAUUUCCAUGCUGCUUAUUGUUUUAUUCUACUGAAAUAAAUGAAUUUCAUCAGGAUUCUCAACUAAUUUUUUAAAAGAAAUCUUAAAUUGUUUAUUGUUUUGACUACAGAAACAUAAUUUCCUAUUUCAGGAGAAUAAGAAUUCUUUUUGUUAUUUUUGUUUUAUGAAUAAACACUCUGGUAUCUUGAGGCUGCCUGUUUUUGUAGAUCAGAAUCAGUAAACAGGUAAACCACACACACUUGAACUUACUAGAGCAGAAACCUAGGGUGAAGUACUGAAAAGCGUACAUUGUUUUAUUACUUCCAAGUAAGUAUAAAGUGAAGGCAUUUAGUGAACCUGAGUUUAACUGAGAAUAAUGUGUACAUUAUCACAUGCGCCAUUGAAACUCUCGUGGGAGGCUGUGCAUGGCUCAGAAGCUGUUUGGAAUGUCUCUGGAACAGGUGCCUUUCAGAACUAGUUUGAGCUGCUCAAUAAAACUGAUGACUAUUCAUACCUUG